UAAAAAUUUUUUUUAUCAAAAACUAUAAAUCCGGGAACUGAAAGCUUUGUUGAGACGUAUACUUCGAAGUGUCCUCCACAAACUGCUUAAAAAAAACGGGUGGGGGGGACCCCCCCUUAAAUUGAAAAAGAUAUAUAUUCUUUUAGAAGCUACUAAUGGGGUACAAGAAAACGGUAGUGGAGAGAGUGUACAUGAAUUACCGGUUGAGCAUGAUGCUAUUCAAACUGUCAAUUAUCGUUUUAUAUUGACUGAUAGUGAUCAGCUUAAAACAGCCUAUCAGACAAUUGCUCAAUGUCAAGCAUUACACCCAGAUCCAUUGAAUAAUGUGGUAGAAGAUGAUGAAGAAGGCUCAGACAUUGAUUAUGGAAAUAAUGACAACGAAGCAGAGGAAGAAGAAGAAACUUACUACGGUGGUUAUGGUCAUGGUUAUGGUUUAAAUCAACACGGACAUUAUCCAAAUCCAUCAGGACUUGCAAGAGAACAUAAUGAUAAUAACGAAGAUGAUCCAUAUCUCGACGACGAUGACGACAAAAAUCAACCUAUGGAGUAA